AUGAAAUCCUUGAAUGACCCCAGCAAACUUGACAGAUUUUCUUCAUCAUUAUCUUGGGCAAAAAAGAAGGAAAUGUUUGGUAAUUUUGUGCAGGCUCUCAAAAUACUUCAUGAAUCAAACUUGGUUCAUACAAAUUUACAUCUUGGAAAUAUCCUUUUUAACAAAUCAAGUUCCGAACCUUCACAAUCAACUCAAAAGAUUUAUAUAAGCGACAUUGAAAUGUGUCGAUCGAUAGAUGAACAAGGACAAUCAAUAAGUUCAAAAAUAUUUGGUUCGAUACCAUUCAUUGCUCCAGAAAUACUUAAAGGAGGAAUACAUACAAAAUCUUCAAACAUUUAUAGUCUUGGAAUGAUUUUUUGGUGUAUCAUUUCAGGAGAAUUACCUUACACACUUUACUCUCAUGAUUCCUCACUUGCUUAUGAAAUAUGUAAAGGGAAAAGACCUACAAUUCCUUCGGGUACUCCAAAGGAUCUUGUUGAGAUUUUAAAUCAAUGUUGGGAAUCCGAUCCGACAAAAAGGCCUUCUAUUAAUUCUAUCGCUUUUACUUUAAAUUGGAGUAUGGUUUCUGAUGGUGAAUCAAUUGAUUUUUAUUCAGAGAAUUUAUCUCAACAUCAUCCAAAUGCUUUUUAUUCUGGAAGGACAAUUGAUUUUGAUUUUGCAUUAUUUGAUCAACUAAAACCUUAUUUAUAG